GUAAUCGAUAUUCCUAUUAUUAUCUACUAUUUUGAGAUGCAGUUUUAAUAAUAAAUCAAGUGCAAAGAAAUGCAGACGCCGAAGAAGAAGAGAUCUGACUACGAUUUUUAUUUUAGGGGUGUAAAUAAUAACUUUUGCCCACCAACCAUUGAUUCUAGCACAUAUACGUGUUUAUCUGAACCAAAUAUAAAAGAUACUAUACGUUAUGAUGAUAUAAAGACAAAACCCUUUCUGAAUAACCAGGUUGUAAACAUUAAUGUUGGAGGUAUUAGAUAUACUACCACACUUUCAACAUUAUCGCGGGAUAAAAAUUCCUAUUUGUACAAGUAUGUCGUUGGUGUAAUCAAGGGUAUCGAUUUUAGUAAUGAUGAUAAGUGUUUUGAGGGUUAUGUAAAUAUUUCAACCGUUAAUCCUGGCGAUUUUAUUAGCAUCUUCGUAGAUCGAGAUGGAAAUAUUUUUCAAUAUAUUCUCAAUUACUUGAGAAAUGGAGAGCUGUUCGUGCCGGACGAUUUGUUUAUUUACCAAUCUAUAUUAUCUGAUGCAAAAUUUUACAAUAUUACCGAUUUGGUUAACAAGGUUCAGAGAAAAAUCGAUGGGCUGACGGAUGUUCCUUGCGACGAAGUAAUGGUUGUGUAUGAUAAAAGCAAUGAGCCAUGUCCCAAUCAAUCUCAGAGGACAGACUUUGAACCGAUUGACAAUGUACCUAUAAGUCAGUUGACUAAUUCCGAGUAUAGCCACCCUCACUCACAGAAUUAUUUUCUCACAAUUAACGAGACUGAUAAUAUUGAAGAAUCUUGUGAAUUUAUCCAGACAACGCCACUCAGAUCAUUAGGAGACGUUGAGUUUAAUACCUCGGCUGAUUUUUAACUUUUCUAUUCAUAUAUCAUAUAGCCUAGAAAUCAUACAAAGAUUUGACUAGUUAUUUUGCGAUUUGAAGAAAUUAUAUAUCGUGAUUCUCGUGGGUGUUUUAUAUUCUGCUUGACUGUCAAUUUUAUUUUUGAGUUUAGUUCUAUUGUUUCCCAGAUGGCUAUUCUCUUUCCUUUUUGAGUUUAGUGGUGGAGUAGAUCUAUUUUUAUUUGAGUGUAAUUUAUUUUGAGGCCAUAGGUUAGUAUUUCUUGGUGAUACUUCGCUUUUGAUGCCGAGGGUGUUGUUAAUAGGGAGUUGCUUUCUCUCUCUCAAUGCAGACUUGUUCAACUCGAAUGGUGCUUUGUUUAGCGCUUUUGUUGGAGUAAUUGAUUGAUCUGUCUCAGAACGAGGUUUGUGUGAGAAUAACAAGCGCUUGUAU